AUGUGGAAAAACAAAUUAGCUGAAAAAGGAAAUCGAAAUUAUGGAGUAAUCGAUUUCUCUUAAUUUUAAUCAGCUGCAGAGUGUGAAAAAAAUAAAAAAACAUUUGAACCUGCCUCCAGUGUUUACUCAAUCAAUGUUAAGGGGAACAACAAAAAUGCAUUUCCAAAUAUUAAAUCAAAAUCUCCUGAUCUUUUAAAGAUUCAUUAAUUUAAUUCAGCAGCUAUGAAUAUUAAGUCAAAAUCUCCAAAAGCAAAAGCUAUGAAUAUUAAUUCAUAAAUCUUAAGUAAACAAUUUGAAACUUUUAUGAAAUCAAAAAGAGAGUAUAAAUUAUAAUAAAAUUAAUAAUUAUGA